AUGAACGCAACAGAACCCGUGAUCGGAUCGGAAUACGAUGCUGGAGACAUCGCUUGGACACUUACCUCGACAGCCCUGGUCUGGCUCAUGAUCCCCGGUAUCGGCUACUUUUACUCUGGCAUGGCCCGCUCCAAGAACGCCCUAUCCUUGAUCAUGCUCUCCUGCUGCUCCAUCGCCGUCGUCACCGUCCAGUGGUUCUUAUUCGGCUACUCACUGGCGUUCUCAAAAACGGGAUCAAAGAUGAUCGGCAACUUUGAAAACGCAUUCUUCCGCGGUGUCCUCGACCAGCCCUCAGUCGGAAACUCUAAGGUCCCCGACCUGGUCUUCAUGCUCUUCCAGGGCAUGUUUGCUGCCUUGACCCCCGCCCUUGCCAUCGGCGCCGCCGCCGAACGUGGUCGUAUCGUGCCCACCCUCGUCUUCAUCUUCCUCUGGACCACUUUCGUCUACGACUUUAUUGCUUGCUGGACCUGGUCGCCCAACGGGUGGUCGUUCGUCAUGGGCGGGUUGGAUUUCGCAGGUGGUACCCCUGUCCAUAUCUCGUCUGGUGCUGCUGCUUUGGCGUAUGCUAUCGUGCUUGGAAAGCGUUCUGGUGACCAGAAGGAUUUCCGUCCUCACUCGAUGUCGAACGUUGUCAUCGGUACUUGCUUCAUUUGGUUCGGAUGGUUUGGCUUCAACGGUGGAUCUGCGCUUUCGGCCAACCUUCGUGCGGCUAUGGCCUGUGUCGUUACCAACCUUUCUGCCUCGACCGGUGGUCUCACCUGGGUCCUCCUCGACUACCGCCACGACCGCAAGCUUUCUGUCCUCGGUUUCUGUUCGGGAGCUGUUGCCGGUUUGGUCGCUAUCACCCCCGGUUCCGGAUUCGUUUCCCCCGCCUCCAGUGUCGCCAUCGGCUUCUUGGGCGCCAUCGCCUGUAACAUGGCCGUCCGCCUGAAGCACUACCUCAAGUACGACGACGCCUUUGACGUCUUUGCCGUCCACGGCGUCGGCGGCAUCGUCGGAAACAUCCUCACCGGAAUCUUUGCCCAGAGCUGGGUCGCCGCCCUCGAUGGCACGACCGUCAUCGACGGAGGUUGGUUGGACGGAAACUGGAUCCAGGUCGCCUACCAGUUGGCGGAUUCUGCUGCCGGUUUGGCUUGGUCGUUCGGUGUGACGUAUUUGAUUUUGGUGAUCAUGAACAAGAUCCCUGGAUUGAACUUGCGUGCGGAUGCGCACCAUGAGCAUACUGGAUUGGAUUUGGCAGAGUUGGGUGAGCCCUGUUAUGGUCAUCAGGAUGACAAGGGCGGUGUGGAUACUCGUGUUGAGGUUGGGGAGGCGAACAGUGGUACUCAGAGCGUUGAGUCCUUGGGCGGCAAGGCUUAA